AUGAAAAACCGGUCGAGCCCAAACCGCCGAGCCCACGAUGCCCUCACGCUUCAAGUCGGACACGAAGCCGCACGGAUGGCGGGGCAGGCUCGCCCAAUUCCCUCGCAAGCCUUCCUCAUCCCACAGGGCACGGGCAUCCUCGCGGCGACCCUGCACCAGCUAGAAUACCAAUUCCGUGGCCUGGACACAAUCUCCGUCAUAUUAUGGUUCAUCGCCUUCAUCACCCUCUUCGCCUUUUUCAUCGUCUACGUUCUCAAGGUGGUGCUGUGUCCGCGCCAGACGGGCCACGCGAUCACGCACAACACCGUCGAGGCCGCGUGCCUCUCGUCCAUUAGCAUAUCGUUCACCUCGGCGAUCCAGAUGCUCUGCAUGGUUGUAGUCCCUAGCUGGGGCGGCCCUGGCUGGGAGAAAGCGGCGUACAUACUUUGGUGGAUCAACACGGCCAUGGCCGUGUCUGCCUGCUUCGUGCUUCUCCCCAUGUUCAUCAAGACGCUGCACGCCGAAGGUGGUUUACAGCGUUCCUUCACCCCCGUGACCCAACUGCCCAUCAUCGCGGUGCUGACCUCCGCCGCCGGCGCGGGGACCCUCUGUCAGUACGCCAUGCUAAGCCCGGAGCAGAAAGUGCCGAUGAUCAUCGUCGGGUAUCUGCAGAUCGGCAUAGGCAUACCCAUUGCCCUGGCACUAGACACCUUAUUCUGGGCCCGGCAGUACUUGCCGUGGGUCGGCGUCAACGACGGUUUAAGCUUGCCCAAGCGCCAAGUCUACGUCGAGAUGAUCCUGUGCGGACCUUGGGGCCAGGGAGCUUCGCGAUGCAGGUUUACUUUUACGCUCACCAACUGGUCUGUGGUGUUCCCAUGGGGAGUGUACGCCAAUGCUGCCGUGCAGCUAGGUAAAAUUACGGACUCGGUAGUAUUCAGGGUAUGGUCAACCAUUAUGGCCACAGCUCUAGCCAUCAUCUGGAUCAUCUGCGCCUUGUUCACAAUUCGAGGCGUAUUCAAGCGGAAUCUACUUGGGCCGAAGCCGACAACACCACCGCUCAGCGCAACGCAUAGUCGGUCGGAUUGA